GCCAUGGCUGCCAUCAGACUGAUGGAGUACGUUGUGCUAUGUAUCGUCCAGAACCUGCCGAUGGUCGGUGAUGAGCUGGAUGAUGCCACGCGCGAGCAAAUGCAACAGCGUGAGGUGUUUCUCAAUGAGAAGAUGGCUCAGCUGCUGCAGGGGGUGGAGGCGACCAGCCUGGGGAGGAGCAAAGAGAGUCCCAGAAAAGAGCCAGACAAGGAAGAGCCAGAAGAAGAAGAAGAAGCCUCUGUUGCACUGGAUGUGGGCAGAGUCUCGGACAAGCUUCUCCUGGACCUGCCACAACAGUUGACGAUGGAGGAGCACCUGGUGCAUGAACUUCUCCGUAUCUGUCAAGAACUUUGCAGGAAUAGUUUCAUGCCACGGCUGAAGCUGGCCAUCAGGGUGGUCAGUGCCUUUGAAGGUUGGAGUCCCCGUGAGGAUGCUGCUGUCCACCAUCUGCUCGUGGUCCUGAAGCCCCCUCCUGGGCACGCCUUCCACCUGGAGCUGGGCACUGCAGAGGAGAUGCCAGCGAGGAACUCCAGAGUCCGCGUGGAGCUGGAGUGCAUCUGCACGAGGGAGCGGCUGGUGAAGAACAUGCUGUGCUUCCUCCACCACCCCGAGGAGGAGCUGAGGAGAAAUCAGGCUGCCAGCCUCCUACAGACCCUCUGCACCGGCCCCUACCUGGACAUGGAGAAAACUGUCUCCUGGUUCCAGACGUUGGUACAAGCAGCCUGGGUGCAUCUGCCUCAGGCCCAACACUUGUUUCUGACAUUGCUGCCCUCCAGGCACUCCUGCAAGCUCCGCCUGGCGAACACAUCCGAUGGUCGUAUCUGCCUGAUUGAGAUGAUCCUUGGGGUGCAGCAAGGUGACUCGGACACCUUCCUGAGCAUCGAGGAUGCAGAGGCCAGUGUUAGCAGCAGCAGGAGGUGA